GACGGACAUCGCUUCAGAAUGCAUGUGUCACUCAAAUUCUUUCUUCUUUUUCUCUUUUAUUCAGAACACCAUGAUUAAUGAUUGAAAUAUAAUAAUGAAAAAUAAUACUUAAAUAAAUGCAUCUAAUGUUUACCGUGAAAUUUGUAGUCCUCACCGUCGCGUUUGCUACGCAAUGCGUGUACGCCAAAUCGCGAAAUGGAUAUGGUUAUUUCGACGAGAAAUUCUGCGUGCUUGAGUGGAUCACCUACCUGAAGCGACUCUCGUUAAUCGCGUUAAUGUUGUGUGGCGUCGUUUUGUAUUACGUGCCCAAGUCACGUUCACAUGCUCGAAGAGCAUGUUGCAUCUUGAUAGAUACUGUUGCAAAUGGAUUAAAGUUUGCCUUAAAUAUAGAUGAAAUUAAACAUGAAAAGAUAAAAGCGAGAUAUGAAAAUGAAACUAAAGAACUAAGAAUACAAGAACUAUACAGAAACAUAUACGAAGAAGAUACAAGAAAUAGUCAAAAAUGCAUUAACAAAACAAACUUGGAUAACGAUAAUCAUAAAUCAAUAAGAAAACACAAAAGUAAGAAAUUUCGCACAAAGCACACUAUCGGUGGAAAACAUGAACGUCAUCGACAUAAUCGUCAUCAUCGAAAUGCGAUCAAUAAUAUGUUGCCGGAAUCCAACGCAAUGAUAACCGCGCCACAGCAGAUAACAAUAAUCGAUGAGAAAUGCAAAAAAGACAAUGUGAUAGUCCUACAGGAUACUAUUCUGAAAACAAAGUGCACAAUAUCGGCGGAUAAAUUAAAAAAGAAUAUUGAUUCUCAGCAAGAAAAUUCUUUAAAUAAGAAGGCAGAUUCCAGCGCGAUUUCAGAAAUUAUUGAUAAAAGUGAUACCAAGCAUAAACUGAUGAAAUUCAAAACUUCAUCCCAAAAACAGGAGAACCUAAGCAACAUCGAUACUAAUAAAAAAAUGCAGACUAAACAAAAUUUUGAUUGUAUGAAACACGAAGAAGUUGCAAUUCUUUCCCGACGUCAGUCAAGUAAAGAUUGCGUGACAAUAGUCAUAAACAAGCAAAUGGAUUCUCGUUAUGGUACAGAAAAACUAUUCGCAAAGCGACAUGAUGGACUUCGAAAAAAAAACCAUCGAUUGCCUCAUGAUGUAAAAAGUUUUACUCAUGAUUGUUGUGAAAAUUCAUCGAUUACAAAUAAUCGGGUUAAACCAGUCCUACUGCGAGUUGUAAACUGGUUUUUUAGUGGUUGCCCAGAGGCAUCAAAACGACACCGAGAACAGAUUAACGAAGUCGGAAAGGAAGAAAUUUUCGAAUCUACCAACACGUGGCUCCUCUAAACGAACGAAGUACCUGCAGCAGUAAAGUGCAAAGCUGUCGAUAAACGUAGAGAUCUACGUCUUUAUCUUAAUGUAAUAUGAAGAUAAUUCUAAAAUUAUAGUAAAUUGU